AUGGCUACCUCUCUGGGUUCCAACACCUACAACAGGCAGAACUGGGAGGAUGCGGACUUCCCCAUUCUGUGCCAGACGUGUCUUGGAGAAAACCCAUAUAUCCGAAUGACCAAAGAAAAGUACGGGAAGGAAUGCAAAAUCUGUGCCAGACCAUUCACAGUGUUCCGCUGGUGCCCUGGGGUCCGUAUGCGUUUCAAGAAGACUGAAGUAUGCCAAACCUGCAGUAAAUUAAAGAAUGUCUGUCAGACCUGCCUCUUGGACCUAGAAUACGGCUUGCCCAUCCAGGUUCGUGAUGCGGGAUUGUCUUUUAAGGAUGACAUGCCAAAGUCAGAUGUCAACAAGGAAUACUAUACGCAGAACAUGGAGAGAGAGAUUUCUAACUCUGACGGGACACGGCCAGUUGGCAUGUUGGGGAAAGCUACAUCCACUAGUGAUAUGCUGCUCAAACUGGCCCGGACCACACCCUACUACAAAAGGAACCGACCCCAUAUUUGCUCCUUCUGGGUGAAAGGAGAGUGCAAGAGAGGAGAGGAGUGUCCCUACAGACAUGAGAAGCCUACAGACCCAGAUGACCCACUUGCUGAUCAGAAUAUCAAAGACAGAUAUUACGGCAUCAACGACCCUGUGGCAGAUAAGCUUCUAAAGCGGGCGUCAACAAUGCCUCGUCUGGACCCACCAGAGGACAAGACUAUCACCACACUAUAUGUUGGUGGGCUUGGCGAUACCAUUACUGAGACAGACCUAAGAAAUCAUUUCUACCAGUUUGGAGAGAUCCGGACGAUCACUGUUGUGCAGAGACAGCAGUGUGCUUUCAUUCAGUUUGCCACAAGACAGGCUGCUGAAGUAGCUGCUGAAAAGUCCUUUAAUAAGUUGAUUGUCAAUGGCCGCCGACUCAACGUGAAAUGGGGAAGAUCCCAAGCAGCCAGAGGCAAAGAAAAAGAGAAGGAUGGAACCACAGACUCUGGAAUCAAACUGGAACCUGUCCCAGGACUGCCAGGAGCUCUGCCUCCUCCCCCUGCAGCAGAAGAAGAAGCCUCUGCCAACUACUUUAACCUACCUCCCAGUGGUCCUCCAGCCGUGGUCAACAUCACCCUGCCUCCACCCCCCGGCAUUGCUCCACCCCCUCCCCCAGGUUUUGGGCCACACAUGUUCCACCCAAUGGGACCACCCCCUCCUUUCAUGAGGGCUCCAGGACCAAUCCACUAUCCUUCUCAGGACCCUCAGAGGAUGGGAGCCCACGCUGGGAAACACAGCAGUCCCUAG